AUGGCAGCCGCCGCGGCCGACAGAAGCUCCGGCGACUACUUCGCCGUGGCUUGCAGCGUGGCAGGGGAAAGCGCGUGCUCCACUCCCUUCGUCAGCGCGCCGUCCAGCCCAGCCCGCGACCCGUCGUUCCACGCCGCCGCCGGUUUCUGUUUCAGCGCGCCGGUGAGCCCCGCGCGAGGCGCCGAUGGCUGUGACUACGACUACGACUUCGACUUCUCUUCGCAGUUCCCUUCGCCCGCUGCCGCCACAAUGUCAUCCGCCGACGAGCUGUUCCACAACGGCCAGAUCCGCCCAAUGCGGCUCUCCUCUUUCCUCCUCCGCUCGCAGGCGCCCCCGCCUCUCGCGGACCGCCCCACCGGCGGCCGGUUGAUGCCCCUUGAGGCAGCUGCACCAACGGACGAGCGCGGCCGUCUCCGGAGCCGGUCCGUGCACCGCAAGACCCGCUCACUCUCCCCAUUCCGCGCACGCUGGAUGUCGCCUUUAUGUUCGCCUGCUCGGGGGAAAGAUUCUGUCCAGACGCCGACAUCAGCUUCGCGGUCGUCCUCCUCCUCCUCGACUACCUCGUCCGGGUCCUCCUCGACCUCGAGAAACUACCGCCGGUGGCGAUUCUUCAAGAACCUCGUCCACCAGAAGAAGCCCGACGGCUCCAAGCACCGACCUCCAGCUUCGCUGCCGCCGGCGCCAACGCCAGCGCGCCCCAACAAGAACGCCUCGCUGGCAGCUCCCAAGACGAACCCCACGCCGGCGGUGGGGAGGCGCGGGAGGAGGGGGUCGGCGCACGAGCGGCUCUACGAGGCGAGGCGGGCUGAGGCGGAAGACAUGCGGCGGCGCACGUUCCUGCCGUACCGGCAGGGGCUGCUUCUCGGCUGCCUUGGGUUUGGCUCCCGCGGCUACGGCGCCAUGCACGGCCUUGCUGCCGGCUGCCAAAGGCAGGGGCGAUGGUGGCGCGCCCAUGGACUCCCCUUUGCACGGAGGCGGGGUCCUUCAGGGGCGGCAACGGUGGACGGUGGGUCUGGUGGUGGUGGCCUUUGGCUACAUCACCGGAUCAUGGCGGGGGACGCGGUGGUGUGGCGGAUCUUGGCGGGGAGGAAGGGCGGCAGAGGGAUCGGGCAGCGGUGGCAAGGUUAUCCGACGGGCUGCUCAUUGGAUUCAACAAUGGGUUUCCCUUCUUCCGCUGGAGUUGCGGGAGGCUAUGGUUACUGGGUGCAACCGAAUGCUUGUGGUGGCUCAGGACUGCUUUUUCCAGGCUACUGGGUGGCGGCAUCUUAA